UUCAUUCAUGAAUGUUUUCGUUUUCAUUUUAAUACGUGGUUAUUUUCAUUUCCAUUUUAAUUAAUUAUUUAUUUAUAUUUUUUUAAUUAAUUGUGUAAGACAAAACAUUCGUAUAAAUGAGACAACGAGCAGUGUUACAAAAUAAUGACUUCAAAACAAUUUUGUUUAAAAUGGAACAAUUUUCAGAACAAUAUCCUACAUGCGUUUGAAAGUUUACAAAACACUGAAGACCUCACAGAUGUCACGUUAACUUGCGAAGGAAUCAACGUGAAAGCACACAAAUUUAUUUUGUCUGCUUGUAGUCCUUAUUUUCGGACAGUUUUUAAGGAAAAUCCGUGUUCUCAUCCUAUUAUCAUCCUAAAAGACGUUCUCUACACGGAUUUAAUUGCCAUAAUUAAUUUUAUGUACCAUGGGGAGGUUUUGGUGUCAGAGGAACAAUUAGCUUCGUUUUUACAGACUGCCAAACUGUUACAAGUAUCUGGGUUAAACACUACAAAUGAAACAUAUUCUAAAAAGUCCCCAAAGAAAACCAAACCUCAAAAAAACGACCCUGUAGAACAACCAUUGAAAAAAAUUAAAGUUUUGAACAAAUCUAAAUCCAAAGUGAUAAAUAGUGAUAAUGCGCACCCAAACUCUCCAAGAGAAAUUUGCGCGACUAAGGAGUCAUCAAGUUCAGUGCCUGAAACUGAUAAAAUCAAAGCAAACAUAAAUGACAGUGAGGAAGAAUUUUGUGCUGAUGUAAAUGAGAAUGUUGAGGUUGUUGUGAGUGAGAAGGGGGACCAACAGGGUUCGAUUUUAGAGGCUGCCCUUGAAAAGCCUGAAAGCAUCUUAGAGAGGUCCCUAACGUCACAACCAGUGGCCGGUAAAUCCCCUUCGUCUGUUCCUUUUAGCCAGGACCAACUCGGCCUCUUGCAAAGCUUGUCUGACGCUUCCAAAUCGGUCUUCAUUCCUAGAAAGCCUCCAGAAGAUUUCGAAAAACGCAUCAAGUCAACAUCAUCAAAUUCAUCAAGUCCUUCAACUUUUGACCGUCCAUCUGAAUUUCUCCAACAAACCAUCAAAAUAGAGGAAGACUCUUAUGACAGCUUUGACGCGCUACCAGACGAUAUUAUACAAAGGGAAGGGAAUAUCCAGAUUUCGCGAGCGCCUGAUGUACAGCCCCAUCAUAGCUCACAGUGUGGCAAUUGUCCACAUUGUGGCAAAGUCUACUCAAAUCAAUCUGCUCUGAAAUACCACGUCAGGUUGGUGCAUUCAGAUCUAACCAAUAUGUACUGUUGUCAUUUAUGCCCUGAAGCUUUCAAUUAUAGGGAGGGGUACAAAAAGCAUAUGGUUGAAGUCCAUUGCAUAAGAAAUUGAAAUGCUUUAGUGUUUUAUAAUUUUAUAUAUUUAAUAAAUUGGUUUUCAAAGGC